AUGUGUGAUCAACCAAUACAGAUAGCUGUCUUAGGCGAUAAAAGUGUUGGAAAAACAGCUAUCAUUCGUCAAUGGUUAUGCAAUGAUUUUUCAACAUUAUAUUCUGAAACGAACUUAGCUACUUAUCAUUUUACUUCGUUAUUUAAUGGUCAUCGUUUAUUUCAUAUACGUAUUAUUGAUACACCACGUUUUGAUGAUACAAAUAAUACUGAUCCUCAACAAGAAUGGGUGCGAAUGUAUUGCUUUCGACGAGCACAUCUUUUCUUAUUAGUGUUCGACAUAAAUCGUGAGGAAACAUUCAAUUACAUAAAACAAAUCUAUCGUGAAAUAGUUCGUGUACGUCUUGGUUCUAACUAUAAUAAUCAUCAACAUCCGUAUCCACAUCCACAUCAGCCUCAUCAUCCGGCACACCACCAAUCUCAUCAUCAUCACCAUCACCAUCAUCCUCAUUCUCACUUCCAUCAUCAAUCAGAAAUAUUAACCGAUCUUACGAAUGAUGAUGACGAUCAAGUAGCCACAAGGUCAACAGGAUAUGUACCUGUUAUUGUCGUUGCAAAUAAAGUUGAUUUGAUAUCAACUGAUUUGCGUUUUUCAAAUAUUACAUUAAUGAAUUCACGUGAUAUACAACAGUAUGUGAAAAAAAAUUUCAAAGCAAAUACAAUUCAAUGUUCUGCUAAAUAUCAUUGGCAUUUAGUUUUACUAUUUCGAGAAGUUUGUCGAAUGUUAGAAACUGUUGAAGAUACGGUUGCUAAACAAGCCGCGCAACAGGCUCGAAGACGACUUCAUCACCAACAAGAUAAUGAUAAACAUUGCCGCGUCAUGUAA